AACCCCAACUUUACUCUUUUUUUCUUGUCCGAAAAAUUCACAGCGGCCCCCCUCCACCGCUCGCCCCCUGUUCUUCCAUUUCUUGAGCUCUCAUAACUGUAAGCCCAUUCAUCAAUUUAAUUUAAUUUGUUCAUGAAGGGUAGGGUUUUGAUUUCUUGAAAAAAGAUUCGAUUUUUAUUUUUAGGGCUUUGUCAUAGUAGUAUCAAUCGAACUUGUUGUUUGUUGUUUGAUGAUUGGAUGUAAGAGAAGUUGUUUUGUGAGCUGAAAUUUGAAAAAGAAAAGCUCAGAUUUUUCCCGUUCAUGGUUUCUAUCGAAAGCACUUUUCAUUCAAAAAGCACUUUUAGCAUAGAAAAAGCUGCUUCUUCGGCUUUUGUUCAGUAGUUAUGAGGAAGAAUGUUAAUUCUCACUCGGUAAGGUUAUUUAGUGACAGAAGAUGGAAAACCCCGUUCUUUAUCAGUUUCCUCGUUUCGAUCACUCUAUUCACCGCCACGAUUUUCGGGCUAUACUCGUCGCCCAACAACCAAGACCAUAUACAAUCGUUUCCCGAUUCCGAGAACUCCGAAGGGUACUUCGUGGAAUCCGAUUUAGAGAAAGAAUCGUUUCAAUCGAUUCAAGAAUCGCCGUUGGAGCCGCCGAGGCUCGCGUAUCUAAUAUCGGGUACGAAAGGCGACAGCCAGAGAUUGAUGAGGACUCUGCGAGCCGUGUACCAUCCGAGGAAUCAAUAUAUUCUCCACAUGGAUCUCGAGGCUCCUCCGAGGGAGAGGUUGAAUUUGACGAAUUCGGUGAAGAGCGACCCCACGUUUAGCCGUGUGGAGAAUGUGCGCGUUAUGGCUCAGUCGAAUUUGGUUACCUACAAGGGUCCCACAAUGAUCGCGUGUACGCUACAAGCGAUUGCGAUUUUGCUGAAGGAGAGCUUGAAUUGGGAUUGGUUUAUUAAUCUCAGCGCUUCCGAUUAUCCGCUCGUGACUCAAGAUGAUUUGCUCUAUGCUUUGUCAAAUGUGUCCCGGAAUAUCAACUUUAUCGAGCAUACACCGAUACAUGGAUGGAAAUUGAGCCAGAGAGUAAAGCCUAUCAUAGUCGAUCCAGGUCUUUACUUAUCUAAAAAAUCGGAUAUUUAUUGGACUACUCAACGGCGCUCGAUACCGACAUCUUUUAAGUUAUUUACAGGAUCGGCAUGGGUGAUGCUAACUCGAUCGUUCGUAGAAUACUGCAUAUGGGGGUGGGACAAUCUCCCCCGAACAAUACUAAUGUACUACACAAACUUCGUCUCAUCUCCAGAAGGCUAUUUCCACACCGUUAUUUGCAACACCGAACACUUCCGGCACACCGCGGUGAAUCACGACCUACACUACAUUGCUUGGGACACGCCACCUAAGCAGCACCCGAGGCUGCUCACGAUGAAGGACUUUGCCAAGAUGACCAACAGCAGCUCACCUUUCGCUAGGAAGUUUCCAAAGGAUGACCCGGUUUUGGAUAAGAUCGAUAGGGAGCUGCUCGGGCGAAAUGACCGAUUUGCCCCCGGUGCGUGGUGCGUGGGGAGCACCGCGGGCUCGGCGGAUCCCUGCUCCGUGAGGGGUGAUGACUCGGUGUUUAGACCGGGACCCGGUGCGGAGAGGUUAAAGGAGCUUGUUAAGACUUUGUUGUCGGAAGAUUUUCGGAGUAAGCAGUGCUCCUCCUCACAAGGGUGACGUUUUUUUUUUU